GCCAAAUCGACUCACCAACCUACAGAUUGGCUCAACAUCUGGCUAAAGUACUUUCACCAUUGAGAGGAAACACAGCAGCAUAUGUAAAGGACUCGUACCAUUUUGUCAGUGAAAUAAAACACCUACAACUAGCUGACAAUGAAACUAUGGUCAGUUUUGAUGUUCAGUCAUUGUUUACAUGCUUACCCGUUGAAGACUGCAUCAAGAUUGUGUCUAAGAAACUAGCAGAGAAUAACAUGCCUACUGAAUAUGCUGAACUGUUAAAACAUUGCCUAACAUCUGGCUAUUUACUGUGGAAUAAUCACUUCUACACGCAAGUGGAUGGUGUAGCAAUGGGCUCCCCAGUAUCUCCCAUUGUUGCUGAUAUCUUCAUGGAGGAUUUUGAGGAGCGAGCCCUGCAAUCUGCACCCGUAACACCCAAAUUCUACAAGCGGUACGUAGAUGAUACUUUCACAAUACUACCAUCUGACAAAGUCACAGCAUUUUUAAAUCAUCUUAACUCCAUAAACCCCAAAAUUCAAUUCACUAUGGAGUCAGAGGCAAACAACUCCUUAGCUUUCUUAGAUGUUUUGGUUAUCCGUAACCCUAAUAACACCUUGAGUCACACUGUGUAUCAGAAGAAAACCCAUACAGACAAAUACCUUCAUGGUGAGUCCCACCACCAACCAACACAGUUAUCUACCGUUGGUAAAUCAUUGUUUCAGAGAGCACGUGGGAUCUGCGAUGAACAACACCUGGGUGCUGAGCUUCAACAUGUUAAGCAAGUACUGCACGACAACAAGCUCCGAGUACCGCGCCCUCGUCGCAGAACCCGCGUGAAACCAGCCACAGUUGAGCGUCUACCUGCUGUUCUUCCAUACAUAAGAGGAGUCACAGACAAGAUUGGCUACAUCUUGAAGCGAGCUUCAAUCAAAACCUACUUCAAGCCGCUGAAGAAGAUUAGUCAAUUCUUACCACCUGUCAAGUGUCACAUACCUCUACAAGAUGCGGGUGUAUACAAGCUUGAAUGUGAUUGUGGUCUCUCUUACAUAGGCCAAACUAAAAGAAGCAUAGGGACCCGCGUAAAAGAACACAUCGCCGAUGUCAAACACCGCCGUUCCAGACAGUCAGCAGUUUGUGAACACACACUAGACAAGGCCCAGCAUUACAUCAGAUUUGAUAAACCACAAGUCCUUGCAAAAGAAAACCGAUUCCUACCUAGGAUGAUUCGCGAGGCUAUUGAAAUUAAAAAACAUCCAAAUUUCAAUAGAGAAGAUGGCUGGGUCAUACCACCUGCUUGGAAUCCCAUCAUAGAAACUAUUAAAUCAAAAUCCAAGCCUACAACUGCUCGACCUAAGGAUACAGUUAGCUCGUUUUGCGUGAAUCGGAUUGUCAAUAAUAAUUAACAAAAUGUAGGGUAGCUGUUUGUAACUAAUAUAUCAAGACGACCAACACCUUAGUCUGCCCGUGACCAUGGAUGCUGUAAAGGAUCCGAAACGUCGGGAUUAAAUAAUAUAAUAUAACCGCGAUAAAAUCCGUAAAA